GUUUAGGAUAGCCUGUCAUUGCGGAAGUAGCUUCAAUGAAGAAAACGUUUUUUGUUGAGAAUUGAAAGAUAAUAAUUUACUAUCGUGAGAAAACGAAUCACGGUAUAUAGUUAGAGAUACUAACCGUUUUUACUGUGUCUAUUGCUGGCUUUUUGAAGAGUAGCAAAAUGUGUAAUGGUUGUGUGCUGAAAGAGUACCCUGACAGGGUGAGUAUGUUUUAAAAAUCAGACCAAAACUGAGAAUCUAGUGUAAACAUAUUUGCAGUAGUAGUCAUCUAGUAUAUAACUCUGUAUUUUAUGAUAACUGCUUUUAUAAAUGUAACUUUGAAGAGGAUCUUCUUUCUGUCAAACCUGAUAUGGAAUAUAGAAUACUGUCAUUAGGUAACUGACUUGCCUAGUUAAAUAAAGGUUCAAUAAAUAAAUACAAAUAUUUCAUACAUAAUUGUUUGUCAACUGUAAAAUACCCUCAUCUCUGGUUGUCAGGGGAACACCUGUUUGGAGAAUGGCUCCUACUUGAUGAACUACCUGGGCUGUGCCAACUGUCACCAGAGAGACUUUGUGUUGAUCAGCAACAAGGCCACAGAGGAUGAGGAUGGAGAGGAGAUAGUCACCUAUGAUCGUGAGUUAAUGUUGUUCCAGUGAUGAUUUGGGUCAAAAGUUUUUGCAACAGCAAACAAAAACAAGCAUUUCUUAUUGGACAAUUUCAGUUAGCAUAUCUCAGUUUUCUUCUGUUUUGUGGCUAAUGAACAUGGUCCUGAGAAAGGUGUGGCUGUGCUAGAGUUGACUUUCAUCUUACAAGUGGUCUUUCUUUACUACCUGGCAGAUGUGUGUAAAACCUGUGACCACGUCGUAGCCAGGCAUGAGUAUACCUUCUCUGUAGUGGACGAUUAUCAGGUAAAGACGUCUCUUUUGAAGGUUAAAUACUCACUGAAUAACAGUGCGAUAAUACCCUGUUUACACUACUGAGCCAAGCCGAGCUGUACUGUGCUGGCCUGGUUACACAUCAACCAUAGUUGCCAGAACUAACUGUGCUGGAAAAAACUAUGUAAUAAUAGAGAAUAUAUCUGAGCCAGCACAGUAAGGUUCGGGUCAGCACAAUGGUGUGAAAAGGGUUGAAGACUUCCAUACCAUUAUGUGAAAUUAUAAAAAAUGAUAUUGGUCCAAGGUGGGUGUCACAAUGGUAAAUACCUCAUAACUGUAUUGACUAUUCCCUGUGAUUUCUCUCCUGACGGUAACGUCAUGGUCCUCUGUCCACUCCAGGAGUACACAAUGUUGUGCAUGCUGUGUGGGAAGGCGGAAGACUCCAUCAGUGUGCUGCCAGAUGAUCCCAGGCAAACCGCCCCUCUCUUCUAGAAAUCAAGAGUACAAUAACAGACUGAGAUGACCAGAUGUAAACAAUCAAGAACUGCUAGCUCAACAUGGACCAGAAGUCCCAUGAAAGAGAUAGACUAUUAGCAUUCUAGAAAAUAGAGCAGGUAUUCUAGAACACAUACCACAUCUCAAACCCAGGGCCAUAUAGCCAUGCAUCUCUAUAUGGCUCUGCCCAGACAUAACAUUUCACUUAUAGAACACAGAACUUGUCUAAGAUGGCAAGUCCUAAAUUCAGCACAUUGAAGAAAUAAUACCAGUCUUCUUUAACAUAGACUUAUCAUCAGCAGUAAGGGUAAGCAAAGACCACAUAGUAUAGAACAUGCUACUCAUCAUUGACCACAGAGGUAUAUACCGUCCAAUUUAGCUAGAAUUGGAUUGUAGGGUCUAGUUCACUCAGUAACAACCCCAAGCCCCUACCCCAUAAGCACUAUCAGAUUCAUCUUGGCCUAUCAGAGCGCAAGAAGGAGCUACUACCAUAUCACAUAUACCUACAGAUCUACAUGAAGUUUAUUGAAGGUUUUGGGGCUAAGUGUUGUUUCUGAACAGGGCCUAGGUUGUAGGCUAGGGGUUGUUUCUGGACAGGGC